UCUCAACCUAAUCUACUUCACAAUAUGCUAAUAACAUCUAACCACAAUACCGUCAUUUCUACCAUUCUCAUUUAGAUACUCUUAAUUACUUCUUUCAGAUGCUUUCCAGUUUCAGACUUGGACCCAGACCCGGACUCAACUCACGCUUGGCCUCAUUCGGCCAUGUCUCUCACUGCACAAAGAGACAAUCCCGAUCUCAGUCGACGUCUACCGACAAACGGUACCAUUUCGGUGUGGAAGCUGCAGAAGGAAAGAUCGACAUAGAUUCCUUUCGCAGAAUCGCGUGGGAUCCCAAAAUUCCGUUGCUGCUACGAGCCUCUCACAAAUUUCCAGCCAAUGAAAAAUGGUUUCGGUUUAGUGAAAAAGGGUCCUACCCCAGCUUCUCGCCUUACUUUCUUUCCUUCGCGGAUGAAAUCCUUCCAUAUGAAUUCACCAUUCCUCGUAGCCCUCUCCACAACAGGCCGAAUUCGGAACAUGAGAUCUUAUCGGCGUUUCUGGAAUGGCUUCUCAGACCACAUGAGGAUAGAGAACCCCCACUGAUUGCGGCGAUGGAAUCUAUAGUGAAAUCGAUAAUCAAUGAGACGCGCUCUCCUAAUAAUCCCUCUAACUUUCAACAAUUCGAGGCUCCCGUGGCCCUAAUGAUAGCCGCAUGUCAAUUCAAUGAAAAUAGGGAGUCUGACAAACGAUUGAAGAACCUCUAUGUAGCCCAAUCAGAUCUUAGUCACCUACCCGGACCUCUCUUCGGAGAUUUACCCGCGCCAGACAUUGUCAAACACGCUGGUAAAGGAGACAUAUAUAGUUCAAGUAUUUGGCUUGGUCUGCAACCAACAUACACUCCGCUGCACCGCGAUCCGAAUCCGAAUCUGUUUUGUCAACUCGUCGGUUCCAAGAAGAUACGUCUCAUGACACCAGACCGUGGAGAUAGAAUCUAUGCUCACGUCCGUAAGGAACUCGGCCUGAACGGCAACUCACGAUUUCGAGGUACAGAGAUGAUGGAAGGCCGCGAACGCCAAUUACUUCAUGACGCCGUCUGGAACGAUGCGACCAUCAGUGAAGUACUCGUCAAUCCCACGGAUGCCCUAUUCAUCCCUAUGGGUUGGUGGCACAGCGUUGCUAGCAAUGGUGCAGAGGGUAAUCUUAAUGCCUCCGUGAAUUGGUGGUUUAGAUGAGAUUAUUAAGCAUUGUGCAACGCCAGUUGAACCCAGAGUGAUUAGUCAGAGCAUCUUGUGUAACAAUAUCUGUAUGCCGAAACUUUUCUUGCUCAUGAUUUCACUCAUUCGCAAGCCUAGAAGAAAAUAUUGAGUAAUAACCCCCAGAACACAGAAGGCUCCUCUUGUUUCAUCAAUCCAAGAGACACAAUAUAAACACCCUGAGCGCAGAAGCCUUCAUAACCUGCCAUCAGACCUGUUCCUCUUAACAGAUUGAGCUUCUGACAGGCCACACUCCCACCCAUAUAUUUGAGAGUUUGGACUGUAGCUCCUAUAGGAUGGAAACCUAUGUCUUGGGUACUCGUGAGACGAAGAUCGCGAACAACCUCUUUUGGCGCCAUAUCUAUCUUAAUAUGCCGAAGACGGCUUUUCCAUGGCUCACGGCGGGAUAAUUAUGUAUUGAUGAGUAUGAAAACUCAUUCAAGAUGUAAUAGUCACCACCCGACCAUGUGACAUGCUAUAAAU